UUCUCAGCUUGUUGCUAAACUAAGGCCAAUGGUGGCUACAUCACGGCAGGAUGGAAACGGUGUACCCGAAGCUGCUUGCAUGGCUUGAAAGAGGGACGUCACUUUCACGGAAGCAAUGUAGAAACAAAUAACAAUUUAUGAAUGUUGUCUGGGUGAAAAAAGAGCACCGGCACCGGCAGGCACAGACACACACACACUCGCAGGUUAAACCCAGGGGUCACAAUGAGAAGGCUGUACCUGAUCGAGCCCGUGGUGGGGGUGUACGCCUUCGCCAUGUUCAUGACCUACCCGCUACUGCAGCAGUACAUCUACAGACGCCUGUGGACCCAGCUCACCGGCACCCCCUACCCCAGCAGCCAGAACUUCUCUCACUGUGAAGACGACAACAGCAGCCUGAGCAGACAACAUGACGCCGUGCAGAGGGAGGCGUCCCUCUUCUUCCUGUACAGCGAGCUCUGUUUCCUGUUCCCCAGCCUGGUCAUGUCCUUGCUGCUGGUCUCCUACAGCGACCACUGCGGCCGCAAGGUCGCCAUCGUCCUCCCGCUGGUGGGCGACCUCCUCUUCGCCCUCUCCUACUUCCUGGUCAGCCACUUCUCGCUGAGCCUCAACCUCCUGCUGGGGGCGUCCUUCCUGACGGGGCUGCUGGGGGGCCCCACCUCCCUGAUCGGGGGCUGCUUCGCGUACCUGGCGGACCGCUGCAGCGAGGGGCGGAAGACGGUGCGUAUGGCGCUGCUGGACAUGCUGCUGGGCCUGCUCUCAGGGCUGGCCUCGCUCUGCACCGGCUUCUUCAUCCGGGCGGCGGGCUUCACCUGGCCCUUCCUGACCGCCGCCCUCCUGCACUUCCUCAACCUGGCCUACGUGCUCUGCGUGCUCCGGGAGACGGUGGAGCCGGGGGGCCCCGCGGCGGGUCCCGGAGGGCCCACCUGGGAGGCGGUGCGGCGGCGCUUCCAGGGCGCGUACCUGCUGUUCGCGGCGUCCCCGCAGCGCCGGCGUGCGCUGCUCAUCCUAACCCUGCUGGCCUUCGCCUUCUACAAGGUGUCCAAGCUGGGCGGCAUGUCCAUCUUCAUCCUGUACGAGCUGAACGCGCCACUGUGCUGGAGCGAGCUGCUGGUGGGCUACGGCUCGGCGCUCUCCACCGCCAUCUACAUGGGCAGCUUCGCCGGGGUCUACGUCCUGUCCCGCUGCCUGCGCGACGCCUACAUCGUCCUCUUCGGCCUGCUGUCCGUCACUGCCGGCAUGAUCGUGGCCGCCUUCGCCAAGACCACCUUGACGAUGUUCCUGGUGCGGCUGCCCCUGCUCUUCUCCAUCAUGCCCACCCCAGUGCUGCGAUCUAUGAUGUCCAAAAUGGUGCGCAGCUCUGAACAGGGGGCAGUGUUUGCGUGCGUGGCCUUCGUGGAGAUGCUGAGUGUGGGCGUGGCCUUCACGGUGUUCAGCAGCACCUACGCCGCCACCGUCUCCUGGUUCUCAGGUUUCAGCUUCCUGCUGGCGUCUGGCCUGACGCUCAUUCCCAUGGCUCUGAUUGGGUGA